AAUUUUAAUUUAAUUUGUAAUUUCAAUAAAACCAAUUUUAAUUGAAUAUGUUUUUAAGAUUACAUAUAUCAUUGAGUCAUCUAGGACUUUGAAAAAAAAGUAGUUUUGGAUUUAAAAGUAUGAUCAAAUAUUAAAUUAAUAAAAUUGCAGGAAUUUAAAUAAAAAUAAAAAAGCUUGGGAUAAUUGUUCACCUUUGGCGCAAUGUUUAUAUGCGCUGCCGAUGUUAGAUCAGUAGGAUCAACCGCCGGCCACCCAAAAAGCUAUGACGGAAGCUCUCUUCGAACACGAUCAAUCCCUUCGCUCCGUUCAGGCGAAUUCAAGGCGUCUGGAACUAGACCUUGUACAGAAAUGCAGGGCGAAGGCUUUUAAAGAUUUCAAAGUUGGUGCUGUCCUUGGUGCUUGUGGCACGUGGCUGGUAACACGGAGGCUAAAUAAUUUACUCCGGAUCAGUCUUUCAGGAGGAGCUGCUAUUUCUUGUGGAUAUUGGAGAUUUUAUGAGUCCAUAUAUACAAGUGUUGAUCAUCUUCUUGCUCUGAAUGGAAGUCAAGUGCAAAACGUAUUGGCUAAUCGAAUAUUGAAACAGCAUAGCAAUAAUCCUUGGAUAAUGGGGCUUAUAUCGAAGCAUUUCUAUUCAGAGAGAGUUUUUGAUGAUUCAACCUCAGAUCAGCCAAAAUUAAGGUGGCGUUAUCGAAAUUUCUUUGGUGAUAGUUUUUCUUAUGGUGAAAGAACACAUGACAGUGGCUCUCCCAGUCAGCCUGACCACAUCAGAGCUGAUUUGAAGUCCAAGCAAGUUCCAGUGAACCUUGGCAUUGAAGCAGUGGCAGACCCUCUUGAUUGUGUUUUUGGUUAUUCUGGCCUGGGUGAGGUAAUUCAUCACUCUGGUACCUCCAGCUCUUCGCCCAGAAUAGUUACUCGAAGUCAUAAAAGAUUUCGCCAUGGGCGUCGAAUCCGCCAUCGUGAAGUUUCCUCAAACCCUAUACAUGCGUAAGCAGAAAUUGAAUGUUGAUGAACAUUUGUUCGAAAAUGUGUAAAUAUGAAUCAUGUUAAAGCAUAUUUUAGUUUGGAAGCUGAACCUUCUUCUCUUUUCCUUUUCUGGUUGAGAGCUGACCUGGCAGUCCGAGAUCUGUUUCAGUAAUUCGUAAAUUUGCAGCUAUAUUAGCCGGUCUGCUGAACUGGAAAAGUGGAAUUCUGUUGAAUCCCUCUCCAUACUUCAAAAAAUGUUCCGGCUCUUUAGCUA